AUGUCUGCCCGCCCCCAGAACAUCGGCAUCAAGGCCAUUGAGGUCUACUUCCCUACUCAGUGUGUCGACCAGGCCGAGCUCGAGCAGUACGAUGGCGUCAGUGCUGGCAAGUACACUAUUGGCCUCGGCCAGACCAAGAUGAGCUUCUGCGACGACCGCGAGGACAUCUACUCCAUGGCUCUCACCACCCUCUCCUCCCUCAUGAAGAAGUACAACAUCGACCCCAAGUCCAUCGGCCGCCUCGAGGUCGGCACCGAGACCCUCCUGGACAAGUCAAAGUCCGUCAAGUCCGUCCUGAUGCAGCUCUUCACUCCCUCCGGCAACACCAACAUCGAGGGUAUUGACACCGUCAACGCCUGCUACGGCGGUACCAACGCUGUCUUCAACAGCAUCAACUGGCUCGAGUCCUCCGCCUGGGACGGCCGUAACGCCAUCGUUGUCUGCGGUGAUAUUGCUCUGUACGCCAAGGGUGCUGCCCGUCCCACCGGUGGUGCUGGUUGCGUUGCCAUGCUGAUUGGCCCCGACGCCCCUAUCGUCUUCGAGCCUGGUCUCCGUGGCUCCUACCUCACCCACGCUUAUGACUUCUACAAGCCCGACCUCACCAGCGAGUACCCCGUUGUCGAUGGUCAGCACUCUCUCCGCUGCUACACCGAGGCUGUUGAUGCUUGCUACAAGGCCUACCACGCCCGUGAGAAGGUACUCAAGGCCAACCAGAACGGCACCAACGGUGUUGCCGACGAGUCUCAGACCGCUCUGGACCACUUCGACUACAUCCUCUACCACGCCCCUACCUGCAAGCUCGUCCAGAAGUCCUACGGCCGUAUGCUCUACAACGACUUCCUGGCAAACCCCUCCCACCCCGCCUUCGCCGAGGUUGCCCCCGAGCUGCGCGAUCUCGACUACGCCGCCUCCCUCACCGACAAGGCCGUUGAGAAGACCUUCAUGGGUCUCACCAAGAAGCGUUUCGCCGAGCGUGUGCAGCCCGGUCUCCAGGUUGCCACCCUGUGCGGUAACAUGUACACUGCUACCGUCUACGCCGGCCUGGCCAGUCUGUUGAGCCACGUCACUUUCUCCCCUAGCGAGCCCAAGCGCAUCGCUCUCUUCUCCUACGGCAGUGGUCUGGCUUCCUCCAUGUUCAGUGCCAAGAUCGUUGGUGAUGUCUCCGAGAUGGUUGAGAAGCUGGAUCUUAAGAACCGUCUCGAGUCCCGCACCGUCCUGGCUCCCCAGGCCUACGAUGACAUGUGCCAGCUGCGUGAGCACGCCCACCUGAAGAAGAACUUCAAGCCUUCCGGCAACGUCGAGACUCUCCAGAAGGGUGUCUACUACCUCACCGAGGUUGAUGACAUGUUCCGCCGCCAGUACGCCAUCAAGGAGUAA